UUCGCCUUGGAGCGGCAGAAAACAUUUGAAAAGAAAAAUGUAUAUAAUCUCAAUGAAGAAGAAGACUUAACUCACUAUGGCCAUUCUCUAGCAGACAUCGAGAAACUUAAUGACAUUGUGGAGAGUGACAGCGAUACCGAAGAAAAAGGAAUGUUAUCAGAGGAAUUAACCGCUUCUCAUUUUGGAGGACUUCUUUCGAAGAAAAAACCCACAGAACAGCAGAACGAAGAAGGUCAGAAUCCCAAGUCACGCAAGGAACUUGUUGAAGAGCUGAUAGCAAAAUCCAAAUUGGAAAAGAAAGAGCGACAGGCUCAGCGGGAAAAUACUCUGGAACUUACAGAAAAGCUUAACAACGAUUGGAGAGAGAUUCAGGCACUCUUGUUGCCCAGGACGUCCAAGUCAGAGACACAGAGUCAAGUUCAAGAAAAACCCAAGCCAGAUGAAUACGAUGUGCUGGUUAGAGAGCUCGGCUUUGAAAUGAAGACGCAACCCUCGGAUAGGAUGAAAACGGAAGAAGAGCUGGCAAAAGAAGAGCAAGAGAAACUCCAGCAAUUGGAGGCUGACCGCUUACGUCGGAUGAAAGGAGAGGAGCAGAAGGAGAGCCGCACGAAACUGACGCACCUCUCGGCUGACGAUUUGGUAGACGGGUUUCUUCUAACCAAAGAUGACCGACCUUUGCUAUCCUACAGUGUAAGCCUUUCAUCCUUUUACCAUCCUCCUUUUUUUAAAGUUUUUAUUUUUUACUACAAAUUUUGACAUAUUUUAUGAGCAAAGCGUUGUCCGGGUCUUUUCCUUUUACAUCCUCUCAUCUACAUAAUCCAUUUUACAUCGUAGUUCUGUUUCCAAUUUCGGCCCUAUUAUUCUCUCUCCAUAUUUUUCCUCUCAAACUUAUUUUCUUCUUGGUACAUAAACAAUAUCACUAAUUGCCCCUUCAGAGUUAAACCAAAUUAUCAUUUCAUAUUUCAUCUGUUUUACUAUAAGCAACAUACAUUCUCAAAUUCAGUUUUAACAGAGAGAACAUUUAACUUGAUGAAUUAUCCACAAUC